UGCGCGAGAGGCGCGAGAGUUGGCUGAAGUUGGUGGUCCUCACUAGUGGCUCGGUGACGGAUGGACGGACUGCAGUCGGCGCCCGCCGUUCGUGCUGUGUGUUGUGUCGUCUAUACGAAGAACUGAGUAGUAGUAGCCGCGUCGAGAAAGCACACGCGCGCGCGCGCGCGCGUAGCCAGGCGAACCAAAAUGGCUAAUUGUCAGACUGGUUGGUGCAGCAGGUGAGCGAGUGGAUUACGCGAUUUUCCGUCAUGUACGUGCGAAUUGUUCAUCGACUUCCUCGUCGUCGUUGUUUCGACGAACAGAGACGGUGCGAAAAUGCACUUGCACAGCCGAGACUGCAUGUCGAAAUUUGUCUCCGAAAUCAUUGUCAACAUCAUCGAUCGUCGACGACGAUCACCGACGAUCGUCGGAUCGAUUGUUUCCAUCCGGCACGCAUAUUGAUGAUACGAGCACCUCGUAGUAUCCGUCAACGAUCGAUGCCUUUCACGCGAGUGCGACUGUUCGAGUAUUUUCGCAAACAUCGAGUUCGAGAGCAUUAAAAUCUCGAUUUGACUUAGAAGGAAAAGAGGAAACGCGACGAAAUCUAGGAAGUCGAGAAAUCACGCAUGGAUAUGCGUGUCGUUAUUUUCUGGUGUAUAAAUUUAUUACGCCUCACUCAAAAAACACGCGUCGUCCUCGCGCUAUUAUUUCUUUUCGUGUGUAUGUAUGUGUGUAUCGGUCGUUCGCUCAGCUUAGUCGCGAUUGUGUGCGCGGAUUCUCCCUCCUCCUCCUCUUCUACGUUCUCCCUGUACUAUUAAGCGCGCACUCGUUCGCGCGGGAGAGAAGUGAUGCAUAGAAAAUCUGUUGGAUAGUACGCGCGCGACACGUGUCUGUGUAUUGGAGUGUAGUCAUCGGCUGCGGCAACGUCGUGAUGGGGAGGGGUGGAACGGGAGGAGGCGAUACCUGCCGCUUCGGACUCGGCUGUUGGCGUGCGAGGACGUCGGAUGUCUGUGUUGGUAGAGCGCAUUGCGCGCGCGAGAUACGUACACACGCGCCCGCUCGCUCUCUCUUUUCUCUUUGCGGCGCCCUGAGACCCACCACCGAGUAGCAUGGCUUCUGGUGCAUCCUCCUUGGAUAGCGCUGGGAGUAGCGAUGGUGCACUUAACAUGGAGGGAGAUAGCGGGAGCUAUGGCAGUGUUGGAAGUCCAGUUGGUGGCCCCGAGUGUCGUAGCGACUAUGACGGUUUGCAGGCUCAAUGUGAUCAGGCGAUGCAUCAGCUUCAGCUGCUUAGACAUAAGCACUCCGAUACCAUAAGACGGUGCGAAAUUACUAUGAAAGAAUUGGAGUACUAUCGGGGUCAACACAUAGCAGUCAUGAAUCAACUGGAAGCCACAUCGCAAGAGAGCUCCUCGUUACGAGCGAAAUAUGGCGAUCUGGCGAAUGACAAGCAACGAUUGGACCGGGAGGUUCAGUCAUUGCAGAAGGAACUCUCGGAAUUGCAGCGUAUGCAGAACCAGGAGGUUCUCGUCACUGAUGCCGCGGGCAACGAUGCUAUGAAUCAGCACUAUCUCUCCGCAUUACGAAAGUACGAAGCUGUUAAGGACGAAUACGAUUCCCUUAGGAAGCGAUACGACGACCUGAUAGCAUCUCAUUCCUCCGCUGUCAAUAAGCUAGAGUUAUCGCAAGAGGAGGCCAAGAGGCUGAAAAAGCAGUACGAUAGCGUUCUGGAGGAGCGUAACAGCGCGCUCCGCGAGCGCAACGGUCUGAAGCAGCAGUGCACCGCCGCAAUUCGACAGUGGGAUAUCGCGUUAAGGGAGAGAAACGAGUAUCGCGAAGCGCUUUCCAAGGUGCAACAGCAACACGAGGAGGCAGUUAAGGAGAUCAAUCAAGCGAUGAUGCUACGUAUGAAGGCUAGCAAAGAUAUGAAACGUCUCACGGAGGAGCGAAACGCCGCCCUGCAAGAAUAUAGCCUGAUCAUGGGAGAACGGGAUACGGUGCAUAAGGAGAUCGAGAAAUUGGGCGACGAUCUCUCGCAAGCGUACUCGAAAGUUACGCAUCUGGAAACGCAGAACAAGCAGCUCGUCGACGAGAAGAAAACAUUGUCUUAUCAAAUUGAGACACUGAAAAGAGAAAUUUCUUCCGCCUUGCAAGACAGAGAUGAGGCCCUGAAGAUGUGUAACGAAUUACGGCAGAAAUUUGGCGAUUACUCCGAAGGUGCCAGCAGAGACUAUAAACAUCGCUUGGAAUUGAAUUCGCUCAGUCACGAACGCGACAGUGUCAACAAAGAGGCCGAGAAGGAGACCAACACGCGAGACUACGCUACGCGAGACAAGCAACGUAUGGAUAAUUUAGAGCAGGCUAAUUUGGAAUUAGAUAAACUUAGGAAAUCCGUGGAUACGCUUCAAGCAGAGCUUGAGGAGGCCAUUCAAGAGGCCGAGGUGUCAAAAAGGAGAAGAGACUGGGCCUUCAGCGAGCGCGACAAGAUAGUGCUGGAGCGGGAGAGCAUAAGAACUCUGUGUGACAGAUUGCGGAAGGAACGUGAUCGCGCAGUCUCCGAACUGGCCGGCGCCUUGCGCGACUCUGAUGACAUCAAGAAGCAGCGAAAUGAGGCGUCGAAGGAGCUGAAGGAUCUGAAGGAGAAAAUUGAGUUCGGCGACCAUGCGCUGCGCAGUAGCCAACUGGCGCAGAUCGACGAUAGCAAUGACUGGGAGAUGAUCCCAAUUCACGUUGAGUCCGGCAGAAUCUGUCUGGAUUCGGAUCGCGGCGACCUGGGAUUGAUUCUUGUUGGUGGUCGUGACAGUCCGUAUUAUCCGAAUGACACCGGUGUUUACGUCGCACAAGUAACGCAAGGUAGCGCCCUUGAUGGCAAGUUACGGGUCAACGAUUGUAUUGUGCGUGUGAACAACGUCGAUUGCACAUCUGUAUCGACCCGCGUGAUCCUCGAGACCUUGCGCUCAUCCACCGUGAAUCCUGCGACACUGAUCGUAAAGCGGCGUCGAAUAACCAGACGAUCAUUGCGAACUACACAGCUGUCGGUUGGCACGGUGCCUCAUGGUAUUACUCUAGAACUUGGAAUUUACAUCUCAAAAAUAUCACCCGGUAGCCUAGCUGCUAAGGAUGGAAACCUUGCCGUAGGAGACAGAGUAUUAAACAUUAAUAGUAAAUCCAUGGAUACCAUGACUACGGCGCAUGAAGCGAUGGCUAUUCUAAACGAUGAUACCAUAGACGUACUGACAAUUACGACAUUAAAGGGUAUUCCAGUACCCUCCGCCGACAGUUCGGAGACGAUGGCGAUAGACGGCAGUUUUGUCGCGGAGAAGCAAAAAAUGGUAAACAGCUGCUCGCAAACGGAACAAGAGAGAAUGAUGCUGAAAGCUUCGUCGGACGACUACGAACGACGAUACCUGUCGACAAAUUUCGCUGACCGUAAUGUCUAUAAGGCAGCGAAAUCUGUGAGUGGUGAGAAAUCAAGUGGAAUUAGCAACGCCUGGGACAACUUUCGGGAAAAAAUUGAUAUAGUACGUGGUCGUAAGCACAGCAAGGAACGCGACGAGAAUAAAAAGAAAAGCCAUCGCAACUCUAGUCCGAACACGUUCGAGCAAGAACAGGACGCGAUAGCAGAACUGGACUCUGUUAUCGAUAGCUACCACAAGAAGGCGAGCAACAGUAACAAUGGCGUGCUGAAGCGCAGCAAGCGCCGUGGUACCGAGAAGAUCGAGAAGAAUGGCGGCACAUGGCCAAAGGCGCGCGGCGGACCUCUUAUACAAAAUGGGACUGGUACUAUCUUGCACCCGCGCAAGUCGAAAGAACGUUUUCCUCUCAGUGUACUCCUGCAUCCACCAAAAUACGAUAACUAUAAUUACAAUCGUAUCUCCAACCCUAUCCCCCUGACCAACUUUUCCAAUGUGAAUAAUCGUCAUACCGUUUACAAAGCAGUGGAGACCCCGCUACCGAGCUUCACCAAGACCGGGCAGCUCUUUAGUCAGAAGCCGUCGUUCGCGCCGGCAGUGCAGUUCAAGGACAUCCCGAUCGACGGCGGUGGCAAGAAGCCGCCGUCGACGGAGUUCGAGAGCAGCGCGUCCGAGACCGGGCGACUCGGCUCCGCGCUAGCGCCGUCCGAGACCAGCAUCGAUUUCUCGGUCAAGUCUGGCAGCGGCGCUGGCCGCGACGUCGACUCGUACUACGCGAAUAAGCGGCCGCAAAAGUACAUCGGCGGCAGCGGUAGCGACACGCAGGUGACCACGGACACGCUGCAGCACAAUCGCGUACACUCGCAGCUCUACUCGGCGGGCAUCGGCGGCUCGUCCACGUCGGCCGCGUCGACUACCAGCGGGCCGACGUCGCGACAGCAAUUGGCGCCCGGUAACUUUCCAUUUCCCACGCAUCACACGCCGUACAUCGCGUCGUCGCACCUACACCACCUGCAUCCGCAUCCCACACAACACCAAAACUCCCUACCCUCGCGCUACCCUUCACCACCGUCGCUACCAUCAGCGCAAUCGGGCGAGUCUAUAGGCCUGCCUGACACGCGUACUUACUGUUUCGAGCCUCCGUACAGUCCCGGACCCUCGCAGAUGACCCCAACCACUUUCGGCCACUUGCACACGCCUUCCGUAGAUCUGCACUAUCACAAACCACGCGCAUUGCCGCUUGGUAUACCUUGCGACACAUCUAUCUACGGACACGGAUACGAAGGUGGCACAUUGCCGGGUCGGAAAGAGGACCAGCGUAUUCGUAUACCGUCCAACACCAGCGUCACAUCCAAGAGUAGCGUCGGCAAACUGUCCACUGGUAGCAUAGAGAGAACUUCCGAGCGUGGUAGUCCGAUGCCAACGUUUCACGUGGAGGUAUUGAGCCCGGGCACCGGCAGCACCAGCGGGAGCAGCGGUGGCACCGUGAGAGGAAGCAGUAAUGCCAAGCGCGCCAGCUUGCCAGAUUACUGCUACACGCAACCGCGUCCGGCGCCCGGGGAACUCCGUAGAGUCCAUAUAGACAAGUCCGUGGAACCGCUGGGAAUCCAGAUCUCGUGUUUGGAGAGCGGUGGUGUGUUUGUUUCCACCGUAUCCGAACACAGCUUAGCGUCGCAAGUCGGUCUACAAAUCGGCGAUCAGUUACUGGAGGUUUGCGGUAUAAAUAUGCGGAGUGCGACUUAUCAGCUGGCUGCCAACGUUCUACGACAGUGUGGUAACUCAAUUACAAUGCUGGUGCAGUACAGCCCAGACAAAUACACCGAAUUAGAAGGCUCAGCGUCCUCUAGUUCGUCAGAAGCUGGCGAUGGAGCCGUAACUGGAAGUCGCAGCGGCUCGCCGACACCGUGCAAUAGUCCAGAGGUUCCCCGAAAGAGUACGGUAGAGAUACUGGAACCCGCCGAACCGGAACGCGAUGCCACUAUCACCAUCACCACCACCGCUUCCACUGUCACCACCACCGCCACUGCGCCAACCAUGAGCACACUACGUGUUGAGAGGGAUCUGCGGCCGUCUGCUUCACUGGAGGUGAGAAGUACGCAGGAACGAGAAGGUCUCCGCGAGAUGAGGCCCUCCGCAUCGUUGGACACAUCAUUCAAUAUUCGUAAACCGGAACUGCGCAGCGCCGCUACGCUUGAUCGAUUGAACCGAGCGCAGAUGCAACGGCAGAACGCGAUGAGGAGCCCCACACAGGAGGAACAGAACCGAAAACCGCCACCAAGCGGUGAACCCCGAUAUCUAUUGAUUGAGACUAGAAAGUGCUCAAAUCUGGGCAUAUCAUUAGUAGGUGGAAACGGUGUCGGUAUCUUCGUGCAUUCCGUUCAGCCGGGCUGUCUUGCCGAGGAAGCCGGCCUGUUUGCGGGAGACAGGAUUUUGGAAUAUAAUGGCGUAGAUCUAAGGCAGGCGACUGCCGAGCAAGCGGCGCUCGAACUAGCUCGACCGGCAGACAAGGUGACGAUGGUCUCUCAGUACAUGCCGGAACGGUACAACGAGGUAAAGGACAAGCCAGGCGACAGUUUUUACGUGAAAGCGCUAUUCGAUCGAACCAGCGAAGUGGGCGACAGCUUGCAACUGCGAUUCAGUAAGGAUGACAUCCUAUAUGUGGAUAAUACUAUGUUCAACGGCACGCCGGGUCACUGGCGUGCCUGGAUAGUUGAUCAGACCGGUCGUAGACAGACCUGCGGGAUAAUUCCCAGCAAAUUUAAGGUUGAAGAAGAAUUGCUUCUACGACGGUCUCUGGGCGAUUUAGAACAAGACACUGGCAAACGUAGCGAUACUAGAGCAAGAAGGAGUUUCUUCCGUCGGAAAAAACAACAGCAACGGUCAUCCAGCAGUAGAGACAGUUGCAAGGAAUUGUCGCAUCUUACGGGAGUCAAUUUGGGAUGGUACAGCGAUAGCGGGACGUUAAACGAGGAUACCCUUCCAGCGAGUUAUCAGCGCGUCGAGAGACUCGAUUAUCCCACUCUAAGACCUGUGCUUAUCAUCGGUCCACUCAGCGAAUGCGUGGUAACGAAACUUUUGCAAGAAUAUCCGGGACAAUUUACCAGAUGUUUGGCGGAAGCUAUGCAUUGCUCGCAAUCUACUUUGGAACAAGGAUUACGCGAUGCGCUCUAUGUGGAUUAUAGAAAGAAAGGCAGCUACUUCGAAUGCACUACAGUGCAGGCUGUUAAAGAUAUAUGCGAGAAGAAUACCCACUGUAUUUUGGAUGUAUCAAUGGCUUCUAUCGAAAGGCUUCACAGACAUCAGAUUUAUCCUAUCGUUCUAUUGAUCAAAUUCAAGGAUAGGACGCAAAUCAAAGAAGUAAAGGAUUCCAGAUAUCCGAGCGAUAAAAUUAGUACAAAGGCUGCGAAAGAAAUGUUCGAACAUGCGCUCAAGGUAGAAGCGGAGUACAAACAUUAUAUCUCCGCCGUAAUUCCGGCGGGCGUGAGUGUGGCGUACAUAUGCACACAGGUGAAAGCCUCUGUAGACGAGGAGCAAAGCAAAGCGCUGUGGAUUCCUAGAGGGGGUCCCUGACACAAAAGGGGGGGUCCCCACAAGCCGCAGUGGAAGUCAAUCUAAAUUCCACCAGGGGGCCCUUACGUCGUGCACGUAUGCAAAAAUUGCUGUGCAAAAUCAGUUCUUUUAUUUAUGGUCUCUUUUAAUUUCAAAAAAAGAAUAUGGUGCGAGCCACUUCUUUUUUGUGCUUAACGAGGAAUCACUUAGUUUAGUUGUGAUGAAAACGAAUUCUUGCGGAUCGUUAUUCUCAGCGCAAUUAAUUCGUUGAAUUAUCAUGAUGUAAAACAGGUAUAUACCUGAAUUUCGUCGUAUUUCUUUCAUUGUUAUUGCUUUAUCGAAAACUGAACUAUUUCGCUGACUUUUAAUUGUAUGAGGUUCUUUUUGCAUUUAUCUGCAUCAUAUGUCAAUGUAUAGCUCAUCUGUGAUCACUAAAUCUAUUAACUAAGAUCUAUAGAAAUUUGAAUUCAGUGGGGUGUUUAUUAUAAAAAACCGGGAAAACCUGGAAUUUUCAGGGAAUUUUUUUUUAUCCUUAACAAUAGUGGAUUUUUAUAAAAUUUUAUUGGUACUCAGGAAAUGUUUAAAUUUUAAAUUUUAAUUC